AUGGCAGCUGAAAAGGAACGGCCGUCUCAGUACAGACAAUCUUCGCGUAAGGGCAAGAAGGCCUGGAGAAAGAACAUCGACAUUUCUGACAUUGAAAAGUCCAUCCGCCAGCAACAGGAUGAGGAGAUAACACAUGGUGCUAAAGAUUUGUCUUCUUUGCGUAAUGAAGAUCUGUUUCAGGUUGAUACUGUUGGUGAUGAAGUGUGGAAGCAGAAGCUGAUCAAGCGUAAGCAGAUAAAGAAAAACCUGAAAUCAUCAGAGAUUCUAGAUUCUAUCAAAACCAAUUCCAAGGUUGCGCCAUUAAAGCAUCCCAAGAGCCAAGCAGCCCAAGAUGAUGAGAAGAAGAAGAUUCAGGGUGUCUCAAAGAAAGAGCUAAGAAAGCUAAUGGCGCUUGCCGGUAGAAUCGAGGGUGAAAGCAAGCUGAAGAAUGCUGUGUCAAAGAAGGGUCUUGUCAGAGCCGGAACCAACGACCUUUGGGGCGCUGAGGAAGAAGUAAAAGUGCCAUCAGGCAUCAAGUUGGCCACCAAAGAUAGCACUGCUAUUCCCGAAGAACUGAAAAAGCUAUCCACCACUGGAUGGUCCAUAGCAACAGUGGCCCCUGAUACUUUGAAGAGGGCACCAAUGAAGGUUAAGGACGUUGAAGAAAUUCCACACGCCGGAAAGUCGUAUAACCCAAGUUCGAAAGAGUGGACAGAGCUUGUCAACUCCGAGUACCAAAGCGAAAAAGCGCGCGAAGAAGCUCGGUUGCAAAUGCAGGCUUACAGGGAAAGAAUCAAGCACCUCAUGGAAACUUUGGACAACAAUGAGGAAGAGGACUCUGAAGACGACGAGGAUGAGGCUGAUGAGAACCAGGAACCUCAAGAAAACGCGGAAGCUUCCUCUGAAAUUAAGCUGUCGCUGAACAAGCCUUCUGCCAACAAAAAGAAGACAAAGUAUCAAAGAAACAAACAGAGAAGGCACCAAGAGAAACUCAGUUUGCAGAAAGAGCUGAAGCAGCUCAAAGGACAGCUGCGCGAGCUCGAGCGCUUCGAGGAAAUCGAGAAAGACGUUCUUGAAAAGCAGGCUGCUCGUGAAGCCGAAAAACAAACCAGAGUUGGGAAAGAGAAGCCCAACAAAAAGCAUAAACUAGGAACAAAGCAUUCAGUCAUUGAAGGUAAUCUCGAAUUGAAAUUCUCGGACGAAUUGUCGGACUCUUUGAGGAAGUUGAGGCCCGAAGGUAAUCUACUCUACGACGCCGCGAAGAAGCUACAAAGCUCAGGUAAGAUCGAGACACGUAUUCCCGUUAAAAAGGGCAGGAGGUACGCUCCAAGAAUUACCGAAAAGUGGACUUACAAGGAUCUUAAAUAA